AUGGACUAUAUGAACCUUGGGGUUACCUCUCGAAAAACUGGUCUGCGAAUUAAAACGCCAAUCCGAAGAGAUGAAUAUAGUAUGGAGAAUAUAGAUGAGUUUUUUGCUGAUGAGGAAGAUAGCAUUGUGGGCUCAAGAAGAAGAAGAGGAAGUCGGAGAACUUCCAUGCUACUUAAAAAGCCUUUAGAACCGAAUUCCUCACAUUUCGUUGGUGAAAAUGGUUUUAGGAUACCGUCAUCUGCUCCACAGUAUGGAAAACACCUACCGGGUGAGACGUCACAGAAACAAAUGAGCAAUGAGAAUGAAUACGGUUACUCCACAGAGUUAAAUCAUCAAGAUGUGUCUUUUUUAUCACCAGUUCAUGGCUCUCCUGUAACAGUUACAACCCCGAAAACUCUUUCAAUAGUAAACCAGCCAAGAUACGCAACAAACUUUGAGAUACCGCAGGAUGUUAGAACAAGUAAUGAAGGUUUGACCAUUCAGUUAACACCUAAACGGAAACCAAUUGAAGGAUAUAGAGAUGUACCUGACUUAAUAGAUGAUAAUGAGACCACUAGGGAUAGUACUUCAUUUAAUACUUCAGAAAAUGCAAUUUUAGAGGAUGAAAUGGAUGAUGAUUUUGAAUUUAACAGCGAUGAAGAUGAAGAUAGGGAAUAUGUGGAUGCUGCCUCAAAAAGGCUAAGUGAGAGUGAAUCUACAUCAUCUUUAUCAGGAGAUGAUUCCAAUAGCAGCACGGAAGAGGAUAAUGCAGCUCUAAGUAGAAGGAGUAAAAAGAAUAAAAAUUAUUAUGAUACUGGCUCAAUUUCUUCCGAUCAAUUAGAUUCAGACGAGGAAUAUAUACAAAAGCAAGCCCAAGAUCUUCUUCCUAAAGAUGACGAGAAGCAUAUUGAUAAUAGAAGACCUCGAAGAGUACGUGUGCCUCCGCUAGAGUACUGGAGGAAUGAAAAGAUCGUUUAUAAAAGAACAUCUCAGAAGCCGGUUCUGGAAAUCGAAAAGGUUAUAACAUAUGAUGAUGAGCAAGACGAAGAAGCACAUUCUAAAAAGCGAAAACCCCAACCGAAGACGAGGACAAGGCCCUAUACCUACAUUCCCACAGGGAGGCCCCGUGGUCGACCACGAAAAGCACAAGGCACAUCACCAUCUAAUGCUAUUGACCCUAAUACAGAAAUAAAAACGAAAAUUGACCUUGGAGAGCUUUCAAAUUCUGACUGGCUUAAGCAUGGUAUUUUACAGAGCAUUGUCAAUAUAACAACGGACAAGAAGAGUAAUGAACUUAUAGCAUUUGCGCCAGGAUUGGCACAGACAGUGCAAUCGAAAGAUACCGAGAAUGAAAAGUUCACUUUAGCCGUAUUGUUUGAUAAAUAUCGGGAAAAGUUUGCCAGUGGAAUACUUACAUUACCCAUUGAUGGAGUUAAAGACAAGAAUACAUCGUUUAAUGCUUUCAUCACAUUUUAUGUUAUACAAGGUGUAGUUGAAGUUAUAUUGUCAGAUAGCACAUUCGUCUGUGUUGAAGGUUCAACGUUCCAAGUUCCUGCAUUUAAUGAUUACGCAUUCAAGAAUAUAGGUAAGAAUGAGGCGAAGAUGUUUUUCGUUCAAGUCAUUGUGCCGGAGGAUUUCGAUGGCAGUAAAAUUGAAGAUGAUGGUACUUCGCCUGUCUCUUCAGAACAUGGGCUUUCUUCAAGUAACAUGAGUUUAACCUCACCUUAA